AACUUUCUAAGGUUAGGUAUUUUAGUAAACUAGUGUUAAAAUGAUUUUUACCUUUCGUGUUCUUCUUAAGAAACAUAUUUUCAGUAUAGCUCAACACUUACAGUCAUAAGUGUAUGUAUAGUUCUUAACUUGCAGAACUGUUUCCUAUAACCUAACACUCAUCACACUUAAACUUAUUUUUUUUAUUUUUUUAUUUUUUGAGAUGGAGUCUUGCUCUGUUGCCCAGGCUAGAGGGCAGUGGCACUAUCUUGGCUCACUACAACCUCUGCCUCACGUGUUCAAGCAAUUCUCCUGCCUCAACCUCCCUAGUAGCUGGGAUUUCAGGUGCAAGCCACCACACCCAGCUAAUUUGUGUAUUUUUAGUAGAGACAGGGUUUCACCAUGUUGGUCAGGCUGGUCUCAAACUCCUGACCUCAUGAUCCGCCUGCCUCAGCCUCCCAAAGUACUGGGAUUACAGGUGUGAGCCACCACGCCCGGCCCAUACUUAAACUUUUAAUACCAUCACUUAGCCAGGAAUCUCCCAAGGCUACUUUAGGUUUAGAUUUAUUCCAUUGUCCAUUUCUGCUUUAGCCCCACCUAUGAAAGAAGACACAUUCACAACCAGUGGUAGAGAAACUGUGGUUUAUAUGCCCCUCUUAGAAUAACUCUUCAGGCUCUGUUUAUAGCCCUGGGUUCAUGCAUGAUAAAGUAGACAGCAACACCACCAUACAGUGCAGAGGAGUGGCGAGAGAGUAAACGGAAAAGGAGAUGAAAAUAGACCAAGUGGAGAAAGGCCUGGUCAAAAAAGGAGGAAAAGGAAGAUCACUAUGGAAUAAUAGAGAGUUGAAAAAUGAAGUGACACCCAAUAACAGGACGGGACAAUCAGAGAUGACUUGGUUGUAGUGUGGAAACCAGUAGGGACCUUGGGAAGCUGCCAAACCCUUUCUAGCUCUGGGCUCAGCUGUAAGAACUGCUGAUUCCUACAGGAACACUUGGACAAUCCAAUACCUAAAUGUUAACCAUCAAUUAACCCAGUAAACCUGCAAGAUGGAAACGAAGAUUUGUUCUCACGAGUUUCACGUGAUUAUUUAAACACUUCUGGGGCCCAGUAGCCAACUGGGGUCUUCCCAUUGCUGCCAUCAAUGAUAUGAAAAAGUCUCCAGAGAUUAUCAGUGGGCGGAUGACGUUUGCCCUCUGUUGCUAUUCUUUGACAUUCAUGAGAUUUGCCUACAAGGUACAGCCUCGGAACUGGCUUCUGUUUGCAUGCCACGCAACAAAUGAAGUAGCCCAGCUCAUCCAGGGAGGGCGGCUUAUCAAACACGAGAUGACUAAAAAGGCAUCUGCAUAACAAUGGAAAAUGAAGAACAAGGUCUUGAAGGGACAGCAUUGCCAGCUGCUGCUGAGUCACAGAUUUCAUUAUAAAUAGCCUCCCUAAGGAAAAUACACUGAAUGCUAUUUUUACUAACCAUUCUAUUUUUAUAGAAAUAGCUGAGAGUUUCUAAACCAACUCUCUGCUGCCUUACAAGUAUUAAAUAUUUUACUUCUUUCCAUAAAGAGUAGCUCAAAAUAUGCAAUUAAUUUAAUAAUUUCUGAUGAUGGUUUUAUCUGCAGUAAUAUGUAUAUUAUCUAUUAGAAUUUACUUAAUGAAAAACUGAAGAGAACAAAAUUUGUAACUACUAGCACUUAAGUACUCCUGAUUCUUAACAUUGUCUUUAAUGACCACAGGACAACCAACAGCUGGCCACAUACUUAAAAUUUUGUCCCCACUGUUUAAAAAUGUUAUCUGUGUAUUUCCAUGCAGUGUGUAUAUUGAGAUGCUGUAACUUAAUGGCAAUAAAUGAUUUAAAUAUUUGUUAAA